GAGACACUGACAUUCUUGAGAACACGAGCCGACCCGUCCUGAGAUAUAAAAGCCCCACUGCUCGAGACCAGUCCUUCGCUCGUCUUCGCACUCGCUCUCAUUCACAAUGUUUGCUCGCGUCUCCACCCUUUUUGCGAUGUUCUUCCUCGGCCUCGCGCUGAUGGUCUCUGCGACCCCUGCUGCCUUGAAGCCCGUCGCUCGUGAUACCAUCCCUGCCAGCCAGUGCAACACCGGUGAUCUGCAGUGCUGCAACACCGUUGAGAACGCUGACAGCCCUAGCGCUGCCGCUCUUCUUGGCCUGCUCGGCGUUGUUGUCCAGGGCCUCGAUGUGCUCGUCGGCCUGACUUGCACCCCGAUCACUGUCAUUGGUGUCGGCUCUGGCGCCAACUGCGUCCAGCAGCCCGUCUGCUGCGAGAACAACAACUUCAACGGCCUGAUCAACAUUGGCUGCACACCUGUCAACCUUGGCCUCUAAAGGGAUCAUGAGCGGAAAAAUACGUUGGGAUGAAAUUGGUUUUGGGAUACCAGCUUCUGUCGGACAAUAUUUUCGGGACCUUCCUUUCCAUGCUCGAAAUAUGAUCGUGUUGGCGCCUUCUGUCGCUUCUUUCUAAGUGUCGGCAUGAGCAUGAAGUGUCAGCAUUAUCAGCUUUGAUCGAACUAUUGGGAGCAAGGUUCGUUUUCCUAUGGUGCCGUGUAUUCCCGGCAGGGCGCGGGGCAAAUGAGGGGCUGUGAUUCGUAUGGUGUUGACUCGCUGAAGAUUCUGUAAUGCUAGAAUUGUGGGCUAGGAAUGUUCCAUGACGCGCCUCGACAUGAUCGAUGAACC